GUGCCUCCCUCCUCGCCGCCUGCGGGGCUCGGGGCGCAGGUGCAUCAGCUGCCCUGGACGUUCUACCCCGGAAAGUGGCUUCGCGGGCCCCCGGCGGCUCCUAUCUCUCAGCUGCUCGGAACGACGCCGAAAUCCCUGGCUUGCUCUGUGGGACUCGGAAGACUCGGCUCUUCCCCGAGGUGUCCCGAAGCUUUGUGUGAAGAAGCCUGACGGGAAUGGUUUUUUCUUUUUAAUAAAGUUUUUCUAAGUUUCCGAUUUUAGAAAAAUUUCCAGAGUUUGCAAUACUCUACCUCCUCGCAUCUUUUUCCUGCUCCUAGAGUGCUUUUCUUCUUCAGCUAUAAACAUUUUUUUUUUUUUUUUUUUUUGCUAUCAACGGAGCAGAACAGGGAUGAACAUUUCAUAAUUGGAAGUAUAAUUUAAACACGUGGAAACAGUAGUCAAGAUGGACAAAAAGUCCUUUGAAACGGUGCUGGAUGAAAUCAGAAAGGCUGUUUUGACAGAAUACAAAUUAAAAGCAAUUGAAUAUGUGCAUGGAUACUUCUCUAGUGAACAGGUGGUUGAUUUAUUGAGAUACUUUUCCUGGGCUGAGCCUCAAUUAAAAGCAAUGAAGGCAUUACAGCAUAAAAUGGUGGCUGUUCACCCAGCAGAAGUGGUCAAUAUACUCAACUGUUUUACCUUCAGUAAAGACAAGUUAGUUGCUCUUGAACUGUUAGCUUCGAACAUUGUUGAUGCACAGAAUUCUCGUCCCAUUGAAGAUUUAUUCAGGAUAAAUAUGUCUGAGAAGAAACGGUGCAAGAGAGUACUUGAACAGGCUUUUAAGGGCGGCUGCAAAGCUCCCCAUGCUAUGAUAUCUUCUUGUGGAACAAUCCCAGGAAAUCCAUAUCCCAAAGGAAAACCUAGUCGUAUAAAUGGAAUUUUUCCAGGAACACCUUUGAAAAAAGAUGGUGAAGAAUGUACCAAUGAAGGCAAAGGAAUAGCUGCUCGGAUUCUUGGACCAUCCAAACCACCUCCUUCAACAUAUAAUCCACAUAAACCUGUUCCUUAUCCAAUACCUCCAUGCCGUCCACAUGCAACUAUUGCACCAAGUGCUUACAAUAAUGCAGGUCUGGUACCAUUAGCCAAUGUCAUCGCUCCAGGUAUACCCCCUCCACCUCCAUAUACUCCAAAUCCGGUAGGAACAGAAAAUGAAGACCUUUCCAAUCAGUCAAAACCUACACAGAAUCAAACAUUUUCCACCCCAGCAAGCCAACUCUUUUCACCUCAUGGUUCUAACCCUUCAACACCUGCUGCAACUCCUGUCCCCACUGCAUCCCCAGUCAAGGCAGUAAACCACCCAUCAGCAUCAGCAGCUGCCACUGUUGCCGGAAUGAAUGUACCAAAUGCCGUCCUUCCUGUGUUCCCAGGGCAGGUCUCCUCUGCCAUCCAUACACCUCAGCCAUCAAUGCCAAACCCAACAGUGAUUAGGACCCUUUCACUGCCCACUGCACCUGUAACUUCCAUCCACAGUACAUCCUCUGCUCCUGUUCCUGCCAUUUUUUCUGGCCUAAUGCCAUUGCCAGGUCCUUCUGCUCCUGCUACCCCGGCGCCUCAGGCCACAUCUACACCUCGAGCCACUCUUGCUUCGAGUGAAACAUUUGCUUCCACUUCUGCCCCUUACACUAGCCUCUCCUUUUCCACCAAUACUACUGCUGCUUCUACCAAUAACCCCAAUUCCACAUCCUUGUCAUCAGUUUUUCCAGGUCUCCCUUUGCCCUUACAACCAACAUCCCAAGGUGUAUCCAACCCAACUCCUUCUGUGAUUACUGGUGGUUCUGCUCCCAGUGUUGCUGGUUCACUUGGCCUAAAUAAUCCUCUUUUGUCUGCUUUAAAAGGCUUUCUGACAUCAAACGACACCAAUUUAAUCAAUUCCUCUGUUUUGUCAUCUGCUGUCACAAGUGGGCUAGCUUCAUUAUCCUCUCUUACUAAUCAAAACUCUGAUUCUCCUGCCUCGGCCCCUAACAAGUGCUAUGCCCCGUCAGCCCUUCCUGCACCACAGAGGUCUUCUACUCCCGGACUGGCCAUGUUCCCAGGCCUGCCAUCUCCUGUGGCUGCCUCAACCACCACACCCCCUACGCUGCCUGUGCAGUCUCCUUUGUCCGCCGUUACAUCCUCUUCAACAUCAGUGCCGGUGAGCUGUGGCUCUUCAGCCGCCCUCUUACAUGGUCCCCACCCAGGUACUUCAGACCUACACAUUUCAUCCACCCCUGCUGUGACAACUAUUCCUGUUAUGAUCAAAACUGAGCCCACAAGUCCCACUCCCUCUGCUUUCAAAGGCCCCUCUCAUUCCGUGAAUCCUCCUCGUGGCACUUUAGGCUUGUCAGGGACGUUGGGCCGUGCGUACACUUCUGCAUCAGUGCCCAUCAGUUUAUCUACUUGCCUUAAUCCUGCAUUAUCAGGUCUCUCCAGUUUGAGUACCCCCUUAAAUGGUUCCAAUCCCCUUUCUUCCAUUUCCCUCCCGCCGCAUGCUUCCUCCACUCCUAUUGCUCCAGUCUUCACUGCUCUUCCUCCUUUUACUUCUUUGACCAAUAGUUUUCCUUUACCUGGAAGCCCCUCCCUAAACCCAUCCGUAUCUCUUCCAGGGUCACUGAUAAUCACCUCAUCUAGUGCUGCCACCUCCACAGCCAUGCCUGCUCCUAGCUCUACAGCAGCUGUUCUCUCAGGGCUCUCUGCUUCAGCACCAGUCUCAGCAGCACCUUUCCCCCUCAACUUGUCUACUGCUGUCCCCUCACUCUUUUCAGUUACUCAAGGGCCUCUACCCCCUUCCAAUCCUUCCUACCCUGGCUUUUCUGUCUCUAAUACCCCCAGUGUUACCCCUGCUCUUCCCUCGUUCCCGGGACUACAGGCACCCUCCACAGUCACAGCUGUCACACCACUGCCUGUUGCAGCCACAGCCCCCUCACCAGCACCUGUCCUCCCAGGAUUCGCUUCAGCAUUUAGUUCUAAUUUCAACUCUGCUCUUGUUGCACAAGCCGGUUUAUCAUCUGGACUCCAAGCUGCAGGCAGCUCUGUUUUUCCAGGCCUUCUGUCCCUCCCAGGUAUCCCUGGGUUUUCCCAGAAUCCUUCACAGUCGUCCUUGCAAGAAUUACAGCAUAAUGCAGCUGCACAGUCAGCAUUGUUACAGCAGGUCCAUUCAGCCUCCGCUCUAGAAAGCUAUCCAGCUCAGCCUGAUGGCUUUGCAAGUUACCCCUCGACACCAGGAACACCAUUUUCUUUGCAACCAGGCCUAUCCCAAAGUGGGUGGCAGUGAAUAUUUUAGUAUUUGUUUUCUUGGGAACAACGUGAGAUUUGCCUAAGAACUGCAGUGAACAAUCUGACAAAUGUGAAGUCAGCCAAAAGUCAGAAGAUGAAAAUGAGGAUAAUCCUAGGGAAAUUAUGACAAGAAAUUCUAGUUGCAUUUUUGAAAAAUGGUUUUAAGUAUGAAUAUUCUCCAUUCCCUUAUGUAAAUAUGCUGACAAUAAACUGUAAGGGGAAUAGUAUUUUAAAAAUUAUUUGUGGACUUUUCACCUUCCAUCCUACAAAAUUUUGAAUCAUGUAUGUGGUCUACAUAGAAUAUGAAAAGAGAAGACCGAACUCUUUAUAGCCGAAUACAGCCUUAAAUCUGCUUGUAUAGCAUCCAUGGACAGAAGUAAUAGUUGUGCCUCAGAUUUAUGGGUUGCAUGUGGCCCUGGGGAGUUACUGCCCUUGGUAUGCAUGAGUGGUUCCUGUUAGAAUCAGUUGGAACUCCGUAUUCUGUAUGUAUUCACAGAAGGGAACUGGAGACCCACUGCUAUUUUUAAUUUCUGGUAUUUAUGAUCAUACAUACUGCUGAAUUUAACUCAAUGUUUCAGAUAAGUGGAAAUGGUGCUUAUUAUGUAGUCUCUAGAAUGACUUUCAGGUGUUUUCAACUAAAACUAUAUAUCCAGAACUACUUUCUUACAGAAAUAUAAGGAAGGCUUAUUAUUUGCCUUCAGAAUAACUUACCCUAAUCUCAGCAGUAUCCAGAUGAAUGAGGAACACUUGGGCCACCUCUAUUAUUCAUUGUACUCUGGAAGCUCUUGGUAAAUGUUUACAAUCAUGGGAUGUAGUAUUUUUAUGUGUAUUUAAAUCAGAUGCUUAUCUGAAAUAAUUAUGUGACAGCAAAUAGAGAAAACUUGCUCUUUUAGUAAGUAAGCAGUGCAUACUCUAAGGACCUGUGGUAAUAUAACAUGAUUGAAUGUCAUUAACUUAAGAGUGAUAAUUGCCACACUGGGGUGGCGGGUAGAAAGAAAGAAUUUCAAUCCUGUGAUUAAAAGUAUAAACUAUAGAGUCUACUGUAGUACAUUUCAGCAUCUAGAAGUUUUACUUUUAUAAAGAUGGUGUCUGGAAGAUGUUGCAAAUGUAUUUUCCUUCAACAUGGGAAACAAACUUUUUAAGUAU